AUGACUCUUGCAAAGUGGGCAGCACCAGAAAAGUCAGACUACGAGGUGUUUUUCACAAUCGCACGUAUCUCCCCAAAGCCACUAGCCCUUCUCUCCUCAGAGGAUUACAAAGAGAUGUUGACUCAUGCACAGAAGAUCAAGGAGGAUGUGUCCAUCCAUGUGCAUGCCAUAUUAGAAGCAAGGAAGAAGAAGAAGAUAAAGAAAGCAAAGAUGAAGACUUCGAAAGCUUCAGAUAUCAAUGUCAUAAACAAGCCUAUCAAUGACAACAUCCAAAUCCUGCAUGCGCAAUGGACCUGCCACAAACCAGGCUGUAGGAGCUCCUGGUGCUUCCCUGACUCUGAGGAUGGCACACACUUGAAACUUAGCAAUGCACACUUUGAGGUAUGGGCAGCUGCGAUGCUCAAAGAAAAUGACUUCACCACUGAUAAGCCUCCCAACAGCCAUUUGUUCAACACUGUUUCCACUGGAGCUUUUGGUCAAAUGUCACUUAUGCUUGAAAUGAUGCUUGAAGUUAAUGAAACCUGCAGUGCUAGCAGCACACUCACAUCAUUGACGGUAAAUUUCAAUCUUCCACCUGAGCUCUUCACUGUCUUUCGGUCACAAUCAUCCUCCAUGGAUCUGUCAUCAUCAGUCAUUCCCACUCCCAUCUCUUGUGCUCUAGCAAUGCUCAUAGCUUCUGAUCACUUGCCUGGCCUGAAGUUGUCUACAGAAGAGUUUUGCAUAGCAUACUCACUAACUAGUGAUGUCAAGACCCGUCUACUCGAGAAUGGCUACUGCAGCAUGCAUACAUUCGAAUAUAUCGAAUUGACAGAGCUUGAACAGAUGGAGUUUAAGAAGGGCGAGAUUGCACAAUUACGUGCUGCAGUCACAAAGUGGUCAAUUCCUGUCGCAAAGUAA